AUGUCCGAGACUGAAUUGUUCCCUGAGGAAAACACCUUCGACAGUACAGCUCCUCCCGCAUCUACAGCCGACGUUCAGCACGCCAGCGCUCCGCUGGACACCCCAACUGAGCCCGCGGCUGCACCUCGGGGCCGCAGGCCUUCCCGCAUCGCCGCCUCUCAUACCUUCAGACGCCGAGAUUCUCCUUCACCCUCACCUUCCAGGCGUCAGCCACCUUCUCCAACAUCCUCCUAUGCCUCGGUUCUCUCCUCCGCUCCAGCUACGGAGAAAUGGACCGUGCCAAAGUUACGCCAAGCGCUUUCAAACGCCGGCAUCCUCGCUCCUCACCGUAUGAACAAGGCGGAGCUACAAGCCCUCUACGCUUCGCUCCAGGCGGGGGCGCCACUUCCAAUCGACACUCCUCCGUCCAAAGCAAAGGACAAAACAAACCGGGGCCGCGGUGCUCCUUAUUCACGGCCCGAUCCAACUACCACGCCACCAAGAACAAGCUUCCGACUAUCUGGCCGCAGCAGAAGGCCUUCGGCAAGCCUGGGCCGCGCACCUGAUCCAGCAGCAAACAUCUCCUGA